AUGUCUGCUGAUCACAACAAAUCAAUGUACUGCGAAGCUAUUAACUUUGAGGAAGCACAGACAGUAACAUCACCAAAGAUACUAAUUUACAUACAUAGUGACUUUACAUUAACUGGUUCCCACCAUUUCAUCAUCAGCAAUCAGCCAUUUAUAUUGAACUGUUCUUCUCAUAUUACUCCAAGAGGAGAAGCAGCAUAUUUAUACAAGGACAAUAUCAGCACCAUGAACAUACGGUACGUGCCAUCGACAUCUACAUGUUAUGGGAUACCACAAGAUAGCAAACCAGUAUUCCAAUGCAAUGACACUUGUAGUUGCUCAGAAGAUGCUAGAAUAUUCACGUGGACCUACAACGGAACUGUUAAUAACCAGCGAGUAACUUUUAAAUGUGGAAUGGAUUUUGGUACUAAUCUACGUAAUAUCACUUAUAGAGAAUUGACUGUUGAGAGAUCAUUGUAUGUGACUCCUUCCAAUACGCCAAGUGUACCAACACAGAAACCAGACCCUCCAACAAAUGUAUCCGCUGUUUGCCAGGAAACAUCCAUGACAGUGUUUUGGAGAUCAGGGUAUAAUGGAGGUUAUACUCAAUCAUUUGCAGUAGUGAUAGUAAAUAGCCAGACAAACCAAACCACUUAUUAUUCCGAUAUACCUGAUCAAGGAGAAACAGAAAUAAUGGAGGUUACUUUUGAAACCCUUAGUUCAACAACAUUAUAUAUUGUCUCUGUGCACGCCACCAAUAUAUUUGGAAUAGCGGAAUUAGAUGCACACGUAUUCUGUACGACACUAUCAGGUGAGACGUGA